UCCUCAUUUGGUUUCUUGAUGAGUGCAGCGAUUUAGGAAGCAUACUGGAUUGGUUUGGGCGUCUGUACCCUGUCCACUCCCUUCACCUUUGUCCUGGUUUUUAGUACGCCAUUUUGGUUGUCCUAACUUGCUUGUGCUGAUUUAGAGUUUAAUCGGCAUUCAUUGUAAUUCCCGUACUGAGUCCUCUUGGGUUGUUGCUUGGCUGUUUUGCUUUGCUAGCACUAGCAGUACUGCAUCUUUCUUUUUCGUUGUUAAUGUGGGUAAAGUUUUUGCUUUUUCUUCACCCAAUGCUCCCUUUUUUCUCUCCAUAAACUGGUUCCUUGAUGGCUCAGGCUCACUUUAUAAGGGCUGUUCUUGAAGAUCAGCUGGACUGGAUUUAAUGCAACACGCUCUCUGGUUUCUUUGCCUCUGUUAUGGGGCUGGUGCUUCCCAUGUUCUGGAUGCUUCAUUGGGACUUCGCUUCCAAUGUCAUCGUCUGAUUUCUUCUGUUCGGAGUGAAUCACAUAAGUUGAGAGGUUUCUUCUUCAUCCAGUAAGCUCAGUCUGUACCCAGUACUGCAACAAUGGUGCUUGGCCUCCGAACCAAGACAAGGAAGGAUUCUGCCUUCCAUGUGGAUUUCAAUAUUCUCAUCCAAGAAAUCAGCCCAUGGCCCCCUUCUGAAUCCCUGAAGUCUUUGCGCUCUGUAGUACUCUUCUGGGAAAAUGGCGAGCGCAAUUCAGGGAAGACGAGCACUGUUGCGCCUUCAAUUGGGUCAGGUUCCGCAGCAGGGAAGAUUGAAUUCAAUGAGUUCAUAAAUCUACAGGCUGUUUUCCAGAAGGAGGGGUCAUCCAAGAGUGGAAAGUGGCAGAAGAACCUGCUUGAAUUGAACUUGUAUGAGCCGAGAAGGGAUAAGCUCAAGGGCCAGCAUUUGGGGACUGCAACACUAGACCUUGCAGAGCAUGCAAUGUUUCAUGAGGACACCAGUGUCCCUGUGCCUCUCAGUUCCAAGAGAAGUUUCAAAAACAAUGCCCAACCCAUGGUUUACCUCCGAAUCCAGCCUUUGGAUGGAGAUAACUCAAGCGUUUCUUCAAGAGAUGCAUUAUCAAAAGAGGCGUCAAUUGAUCAAGAUUCAAAGGAAUUUGUCUCGGCAACGAUGAGUGAGGAGUAUACUGAAGAUACAGAGUUUGCUUCCUUUACUGAUGAUGAAGAAGAAGCAACUCCAUACAUGUACCACUCGGGUGGAACUGCUCUCACAGGUAGCAGUAGAUCUCAGGCAUCCCUCAAGGGGAAGGAUAUCAGGUUAGCUGGUAAUGAAGGUACUAGCUCAUCGUUGGACUCUCAGCAUGAAGCGACAUCAUCCAGUAUGAAAGUGAGGAGUGAAGAAGUUGAAAAGUUUCCAAUUCAAGUACAAAAGCAAAAUGGCCAUCCAUCAAAUCUGUCUCUCUCAUCAGAUUUGCCCAGAGAACAAAAUCCGUCUCUUCCACCACACAAUGCAUUCAGAAGUGGUCGUAAAAUGUCAUUUGCGUAUGGUAUGACUGAAUCUAACCAAAGACAGUUUGGGGAGAGAACUUAUAGCACUUUAAAUACAGAUAGAACAAGGAAUAUGAGGUUCAGUAUGAGAGUUCCAGAUGUUAAUGGAAGUGUCAUAAAUAAGAAAGUUGAUUCCCAAAAGGAAGAAGUGAAAGAAGUUGAUUCCCAGGAUAUUGCAAUUACUCAUGAGAAUAAGGUCAGUGCUGAUGAUGGAUUGCAAGUCCAGGAGCCAAUACGUAUUUCAAAUAAUCGAAAUGACAACAAAGUUCGAGAACUAGAACUUAGAAUUGAGUUGCUUGAAGCCGAGCUAAGAGAAGCUGCAGCUGCUGAGGUAGGCCUUUAUUCAAUAAUUGCAGAACAUGGUAGCUCAGUAAACAAGGUUCACACACCAGCACGAAGGCUCUCCAGGCAUUUUGUGCAUGCGCUUAAAAACUGUUUAAGAGACAAGAUGGGAAGUGCAGCAAGAAACGCAACCUCUGGGCUGGUUUUGGUUGCAAAAGCUUGUGGAUAUGACAUUGCAAGGUUGAGUUUCUGGUUGUCAAACUGUGUUGUAUUGCGAGCAAUUGUUACGGAAACUUCUAGGCAAUCGGGCACUGUAAAUAGCAUCAGUUCUGGUGAUUAUAAUUCCAAGACAACAUACAAGAAAAACUCUGCAUCAAUGUGGGAGUCACUUAAUAGGAAGAAAGGAAAGUUACUUUCCCCUGAGUUUGAUAACUGGGAAGAUGUUGACACAUUUAUAGCUGCACUAAAGAAGAUCGAAUCAUGGAUAUUUUCACGAAUUGUUGAAACCCUUUGGUGGCAGACAUUCACACCACAUAUGCAAUCUGCCAAUAUAACUGGUGAUUUGAAAAGUAGUCCAAAUCCAAAGAAAAGCUAUGGAAGAAUUACUGUUGUGGGCAACCAGCAACAAGCAACCGUAUCAAUGGACAUAUGGAAGAAGGCCUUUAAGGAAGCGUCAGAAAGGCUUUGCCCAGUAAGGGCAGCUGGACAUGAGUGUGGAUGUCUGCCUAUGUUGACCAAAUUGGUGAUGGAGCAGUGCAUAGCUAGGUUGGAUGUAGCAAUGUUCAAUGCUAUUUUGCGCGAAUCAGAUGAUGAAAUUCCAACAGACCCAAUGUCUGAUCCAAUAACUGAUCCUAAGGUUCUCCCAAUCCCAUCUGGGAAAUUCAGCUUCGGUGCCGGGGUCCAACUGAAAAAUGCUAUUGGCAGCUGGUCUAGAUGUCUUACCGACUUGUUUGGCAUGGAUAUGGACGACUAUCCAGAAGCUGAGAAUGGGGAUGAUGAAAAUGGCUUUGGUGAAUCUCUAAAGCCAUUCUAUCACCUGAAUGCACUGAGUGAUCUCCUAAUGCUCCCCAAGGAUGUGCUCAUGGAUACCAGUAGCAGGAAAGAGCUUUGCCCUGCCUUUAGCUCAUCAAUCAUCAAGAACAUCCUGGAUGUCUUUGUACCAGAUGAAUUUUGUCCAGAUCCCAUUCAAGGUUCUUUACUUCAAGCAUUAGAGUUGGAGGACCACCUGGAGGUUAACAAGGGCAUACGGUCGAUCCCAUGCAGCGCAUCCCCAAUUUUGUACAAUGCCCCUGCAUCUGGGGCAAUACUAAGCGUCAUCGGUGAUCCUAGGAAGAGCGGGUCCACCAUCCUUCGCAAGUCCAACACGAGUGAUGACGAGCUUGAUGAGCUGAGCUCCCCACUUACCUUCAUCUCCAACACCUCAUCGAACCCGCUUGCAAAGCUGAAGCGGAUCAGCAACUCAAGCACAGCGAGGUACAGGCUCCUCCAUGAGGUGUGGAAGCUUGAUGACCAGUAGGACUUGGUCCUAUCACCUCCAUGGUUCCUCCCUUUUGUAUAUGUAUAUAUAGGUUUUCUCCUAUGAUUCCGGCUCAUGUAUAAGAUUUCAGUCUAUUUGUUAUGUUAUGUUAUGUUACAAGAUCAGAGGAGCAAGAAAUAACAAGGGUUGAAUCUUAAUAAAUCCGGUGUGUCUAAAUGCAAGAUUGUUCAAUC